AUGAAAACUCAGGAAUUGCUGACAUUACAGGGCCUACACCAAUAUCUAAAAAGUUUACCUGCGAUCAUUUUGGAUAAACUCUACAAUCAUCCUGCAGCAUGUUUAGCUACUUUUCGAGAAUUGUCGCAGCUAGCCAAGCACUACGUCAUGAGGACGUUAUUUACCAUACAAGCAAUACCGACUAGCACUAUUUCUGCUUGGGUAAACAGUCAACACCAAAAAGAACAUCAAGCAGCUCUUAAUCAGUUGACGGAAAUUCGUAUUUGGCAAAGUCACACUUUACCGGGCGGGAUGCAAGGCAUCAAAUUAAAUGAAUCAUUUCGAGCUAAUUUAAAAACUGCGCUUUGCGGAGGCGGUGAAUCAUGGUAUGGACCACAACUAUCGAAAGCAGAUAAAUAUCAGUUUACAUCUGAAGCAUUGGAUCUAAAAUCAAAAGAGCGAUGGGAAUGCGUCCUACAUUAUUUAGUUGGUGCCGGUGAGGACUUGGCUCUUAGUGGCGAAAUUCAAUCGUUGCUUAAUAACUGUGGCCUGGUUAGCAAAAAUGGUAUUACGGCGGCCGGAUUUCAAUUUUUGCUGCUAGAUAGACCUUCUCAAGUAUGGUACAUCUUAUUGCAAUACUUAGAUUCAGCUGAAUCUCUUGGGAUGGAUCUUGUUGAAAUUUUAUCAUUUUUGUUCCAGUUAAGCUACUCUACUUUUGGUCAGAAUUACUCGACAGAAGGUUUAACACAAACUCAGUUGACAUGUUUGCAACAUAUGCGCGAAAUUGGCUUAGUUGUACAACGUAAGAGGAAAGAUAUGAAAUUUUAUCCAACGCAACUAGCAAUCAAUUUGGCUUCCGGUGCAAAGCAAGAGGAGCUGGAUCAUUCAAAAUCGUCUGGUUACAUUAUUGUUGAAACAAAUUAUCGUCUAUAUGCAUACACAGAAUCUCCUCUUGAUAUUGCCUUGGUGGCGCUAUUUUGCGAAAUGAUGUACCGACUGCCCGGCCUAUGUGUGGGCUUAAUAACCAGAGAAAGUGUACAACAGGCGUUUACAAAUGGUAUCACAGCUAAUAAAAUCAUCAAUUUUAUUCGAACCCACGCUCAUCCAGAAGCCAAGAAAAAGGUAACUACCCCAAUUGUUCCUUCAACAAUUAUUGAUCAACUAUAUCUAUGGGAAUUGGAACGUGGUAGAUUAUCUUGUUCUGAUGGAGUGCUUUAUAAUCAGAUCUUAUCUUCAUCUGAUUUCGAGGCGCUACGAAAGUACGCAGAUGAUAUGGGUGUUCUAUUGUGGGCUAGUCCUGCAAAGCGGUUACUGGUCGUGAAUCGUGACGGACAUAAUCAUGUUAAGCACUUCUGGAAGCGUAAUAAACAAAAAGAUUGA